GGAUUUUGUUCUCCCUCUGUUGCCGAAUAUGGCUGUCAAUGUUUCGAUGAUCCGGGACACAAAAUGGCUGACUCUGGAGGUGUGCCGGGAAUAUCAGAGGGGGACUUGUUCCCGGUCCGAUGCAGAGUGCAAGUUUGCUCAUCCCUCACGCAGUUGCCAUGUAGAGAAUGGCCGUGUCAUUGCCUGCUUUGACUCCCUGAAGGGCCGCUGUACGCGGGAGAACUGCAAGUACCUGCACCCGCCACCGCACUUGAAAACCCAGCUGGAGAUCAACGGGCGCAACAAUCUGAUCCAGCAGAAAACCGCAGCGGCCAUGUUGGCGCAACAGAUGCAGUUCAUGCUGCCGGGCACCCAGCUCCAGCCCAUGACCACGUUUCCUGUAACUCCAUCUUUAGCUGCCAAUCACACCAUGGGUCUUAACCCUUACCUGAGUCACAUGACCCACGGGAUGGGACUGGUUCCAACAGAACUUUUACCAAGCGCGCCGGUCCUGGUGACGGGGAACCCGGCCAUCACCGUGCAGGGCGGCACGGGGUCACAGAAGCUCAUCCGGACAGACAAGUUAGAGGUCUGCAGGGAGUUUCAACGGGGGAAUUGCACUCGGGGUGAGAAUGACUGUCGCUACGCCCACCCCAUGGACCUGGGAAUGGUCGACUCCAACGAGAACACGGUGACAGUGUGCAUGGAUUACAUCAAGGGCCGCUGCUCCCGCGAGAAGUGCAAGUACUUUCACCCUCCUGCACAUCUACAGGCCAAGAUCAAGGCAGCUCAGCACCAGGCCAAUCAGGCUGCUGCUGCUGCAAUGGCUCUACCACCUGGUGCUCUUCAACAUUUACCAAAGAGGCCGGCUCUUGAGAAAGCCAACGGUGCCACGGCAAUGUUCAACCCCAGUGUGUUCCACUACCAACACGCUCUCGCUAACAUGCAGCUGCAACAACCAACAUUCAUCCCCGCAGCCCUGCUGCACGGCACUGCGCCCGGCACUCUCUCCGCAACGACAGCUCCUACAGUCAACUCUCCCUUCGCUCCUACUGCCAACCAGAUGCCCAUUUUAUCCAUAGAUGACAUCAGUAACAACUUGUUUGUUACACAGAUGUAGUACACCUGACAGAUACAACACAGGACAUCGGGGCUGAAGUAAUGAACAGCACUCUGGUGGGUAACUGCACAUGGCCUUUCUGUACAUACUCCCAUCACCCCCCCCCCCCCCCCCCCCCCCCCCCCCCCCCACCACCUCCACAAGUAAGCCUACCACCACAGCCAACAUGCUAACCAAAACCAAAAUGAUGGGAAUGUCAAGAAGAAAAAGAAAAAGCACUAAAAAAAUGUCAAGUAUAUUUCCUUCCUCCUGUUAGAACCACGCGUGUGUGUGUGUGUGUGUGUGUGUGUUUAGUAAUUAAAUGAGGUAUAACACGACUUAUAUCUCAUUGGCGUAAUACAUUUAUAAUCAAUCCAUGUUAAUAGUGAAAACCAUUCUCAGCGUAUAAAGACUGUUGGUUUAAUGUAUAUUAUCAAUGGAAAUUGUUUAUCUGUCUCAGUUUUUAUGUGAGAGUGUUAUCUUAACUGAAUGUUAAGUUUACAUCAGAAUUUUUAAAACUAGUUUUGUUUUUAAGGAAAUGUCUUUUGUGGAACAGCUUUCCACAAUAGCUCCCUAUUGAUCACAACCUUUAUAUGUCGUUAUUACAAAGAAAAUCACAUGAAUGUCAAUGGGAAACAGGGAAAAAAUAAUUGUAGCCGAGAGCAAGCUUGCCUUUAUCUGUAUUUCCCCAUGCCUUGUCUACGUGAUAUCUAAUAUCAACUUGUAGAACCUCCACAGUUAAUGUCCAUGUUUGGUACAGAAAUACUUCCAGUGUGAAUAUUGAUGUAUGCUUCAGUAUAACACAGGCGGAGUCACUCGAUGUCAUGUUGUCACUUGCGGGCGGAGCACCAAGGCAAAUUCCUUGUAUGUGAAUACUUGGCCAAUAAAUUUAUUUAUUCACCUAGUCCUGAUCGGUGACACCAUGCAGUGUUCAGCCACAUUAAUAUGGGUGUUAAUUAAGGGGAGAAGGCAGGAGAAUGGGGAUAGGAGGGAGAGAUAAAGCAGCCGUGAUUGAAUGGCGGAGUAGACUCGAUGGGCUGAAUGGCCUAAUUCUACUCCUAUUCCUUAUGACCUUAUGAUAUUAACACCUGGCUCAAAAACAUCCAUGUAGACAUGAAGGCAGCAAUGUAACGGGCAGGUAACUGUGGAUCACGGUCCUUGGCGAGAUACAGCCAACAGCAGCGAGAUCAUUGGCGAUUCUACUAAAGGCAUGCUUCCCUUCGCUGAUGUAUUUUUGACCUGUCUUUCCUCCUGAGCGGUUGUGAUGCAAUGGGGCUGGUUAUUGUGGAGGAGCCAUGCAUGUGUUAGUGUGUAAUCUCAUGAUACAGCUGGUCAGAACGACUUCCUUCUCAUUGAAACUCAGCGCCUCGGACAAGACAGGUGAGUGUGGCAAUCCUGGUUUGUGAAACUGGGACAGAGUGGGGAGGAGGAGGAGUUGAGGAGUUGUUCUCAUUGUCACCGGACCCUUCAGGAGAUUUGCCUCCACCCAGUCUUUGAUGGCAUUGGCAGAGGGGGAGGAAUACCAAAUGGUGGCCGGGCCAAUGGGAAUUCAGUGACCAUGGACAAUGCCCUGAUCAUCCGCUUUCAAUCCUCUCAACUGGGUGACUUUGGGAGACUGGGUGGGUGGGUGGGUGCAAGGAUGGACCUGGAAGCCACCAGACCGGGGGGCCCACCCUGAGCUGCCCACCCUCCAGCAGGUCUGGGUCAAUGCCAGGUCCAGUCACCUUGUGCGGAUGGGCUGUGCAAACCCCUACUAGGGACCCCCACUGGAGUGUUGAGCUUCAGGGGACCCACUGCAGCUGUGAAGCUACGGUGUUACCAGUGUAUUCCUGCAGGAGGGGGAAGGCACCAUCUGAAUGUUAGGGUAGGCAAACUGGAAGACGAUGGGUGAUUCAGGCUUGUGUCUGUAUUCACCAAGUAACGUCCCAGCCACAGAGUGCCCGGCACGUCCACUAACUGACCACCACCCUGGACAUUCAACACUCAUUACUGAACCCCAACACCCACACCCUAGAGAGGGGGGGGGGGUCAUUGUAACCAUGGCUAUGGGAACAGCCCAGUGUUGAUAGGGCACCUCCAUCUCCAAAGCCGUCCCGCCAUUGACCAAGGAGGCGGAGUGAGAGCUCGCGGCUUUAUCCAGACCGCAUGAGUUCUACUCUCCCUACUCGCACUCUCCUCCUCACUCAGACAGGACAUAUUUAAGGCAGAGAGUGAUGGAUUCUUGAUUAGUACGGGUGGCAGGGGUUAUGGGGAAAGGGCAGGAGAAUGGGGUUAGGAGAGAGAGAUAGAUCAGCCAUGAUUGAAUGGCAGAGUAGGCUUGAUGGGCCGAAUGGCCUAAUUCUGCUCCUAUCACUUAUGGCCUUAUGACAAAGCUGGGCACCAUCUAGGGUGGGGCCGCCCCCACCCUCUGCCUGAACCACUGACUCCCUCCACCAGAGGGGGCUGCAGUGGGCAACAUCCAACUCCAAGGGUUUAGGACAACAAGAUUGGAACCACAACCACUUACCCCCUC